AUGAGCCAGCUGGGCACCGUUUAUGCCACCAAACGGAGGCGACGCAACGGAAAAAGCCUGAAACCGCCGCCCAAGGAUGGCGUCACAAAGAGCAAUCCAUCAAAACGCCAUCGUGAGCGUCUGAAUGCGGAGUUGGAUCUGCUGGCAUCGUUGCUGCCCUUCGAGCAGAAUAUACUAAGCAAAUUGGAUCGACUGAGCAUACUAAGGCUGUCCGUUAGUUAUUUAAGAACCAAAAGUUAUUUUCAAGUUGUUAUGCAUAAGGAUAAGGAGGAGAAUGGUGUCCUGCCCCACAUACACGCACACGAUGGCUAUCGAACACGAGAGCUGGGGGCCUUUGAGCACGGCCUGCUCGAUGGUGAUAUGUUCCUGCAGGCUCUAAAUGGAUUUCUAAUGAUACUGACAUGCGAAGGCGAGGUCUUCUUUGCCACGCACAGCAUCGAGAGUUAUUUGGGUUUUCAUCAGUCUGACAUCGUGCACCAAUCCGUCUAUGAACUAGUCCACUCCGAGGAUCGGGAGGAGCUGCAGCGACAGUUGCUGUGGAACAGUUUUCUGCCCGCAGACAUGUCCAGCAUGCAAUUGGCCGAAACAUUGGCGCCGGAUAAGGCAUUAUAUUUGGAGCGCAGCUUCACGGUGCGAUUUCGCUGCCUGCUGGACAAUACAUCGGGUUUUCUUCGUCUGGACAUUCGUGGUCGCAUUAAAAUAUUGCAUGGACAGAACCGUAAGACAGAGGAGCCACCGUUGGCCCUUUUCGCGUACUGCACCCCAUUUGGACCGCCCAGCCUGCUCGAAAUACCCCAUAAGGAGAAUAUGUUCAAGUCGAAGCAUAAGCUGGACUUCUCGUUGGUGUCCAUGGAUCAGCGUGGCAAGCACAUAUUGGGCUAUGCGGAUGCCGAGCUGGUUAAUAUGGGUGGCUAUGAUUUGGUGCAUUACGAUGAUCUGGCGUAUGUGGCCAGCGCACAUCAAGAGCUUCUUAAAACGGGCGCUUCGGGCAUGAUUGCCUAUCGCUAUCAAAAGAAGGAUGGUGAGUGGCAAUGGUUGCAAACAAGUUCCCGUCUGGUUUACAAAAAUUCGAAGCCGGACUUUGUCAUCUGUACACAUCGUCAGCUAAUGGAUGAGGAGGGUCACGAUUUGCUGGGCAAACGAACAAUGGACUUCAAGGUUAGCUAUCUGGACACUGGUCUGGCCUCCACCUACUUCUCGGAGGCAGAUCAGCUGGUGGUGCCGCCCAGCACGUCACCCAACACGCUGCCUCCGCCGGUGACUCCAACACGGCCCAAUCGACGCUACAAGACGCAACUGCGGGACUUUCUCUCCACGUGUCGAAGCAAACGCAAACUGCAACAGCAACAGUCCCAGCAGUCCUCGCCACUGGGCCAAGUCAGCUCCCCGGCUCCGGCCGUGGUGGAGUAUCUGCCCGAUCCGGCGGUGGCGGUGGCUGCCGCCUACUCCAAUCUCAAUCCCAUGUACACGACAUCGCCGUAUGCGACGGCGGCUGAUAACCUUUAUAUGAGCAGUUCGGUGCAUUCGACCAACGCCUUCUAUCCCGUCACCGAAAAUCUCUUCCAUCAGUAUCGGCUGCAGGGUGCCGUCGGUGGUUACUACACGGACUACCACCAUACGGGUGCGCCUGCCUCGGCCUACGUAACAAAUGGCUUCCUAUCGUACGAUGGCUACGCCAUUGCCUCCAAGCCCGACGACAAAUGGCAGGAUACGGGGAAGUAUUACAGUGGAUAUAGCAGUGGCUACGGCAGUCCCAACUCGACGCCGCAGCAAGUGCCUCUGAAGACACCCAAAUCCUCCCCUCAAGUUAUGGACGUCAUCUCCUGCUCUUCGGAUGGACCUUCACCGGUGGGUCAUGCAGCCGCCACUGCAACGCCCAACGGCGUCAGUGUCACCCCGAAAGUGGAGCUUGCCGCUCAGGAUCCUUAUGAGCGUCAGACGGUACUCAUGUGGGGCACCACACAUUCCAGUGGCGUGCCCCUAAACAGCUUACAGGGCGCACGAACGGCCGUCUCACCACAACGCACUACUCCCCUGUCCAAUGGUCUGAGCUACAACAACAACAACAACAACAAUGAGCAUGAAAACGUUGCAGCAGCUGCGACAGCAGCCAAAUGGAAUGGCACCAAAGACAGCAAAUCGGCCAACGCCAGUACACCGGAGAGUUAUCAGCUGCAGCAUGAUGAUUCUGGUCUAUACUCGGCCUCCUCGCACACCACUUCGCCACAGCAGCAGCAGCAGCAGCAACAACAACAACAGCAACAACAACAGCAGCCACGUGUUGCCGGCUCCAAUGUGAGCGCAAAUAAUUCAGUAACCACCGCACAAAUUGCCACUGAGCACCAGCCAAGUCUGUUGGCCACGCCCACGCAGGCACAGCAGCAGCAACAGCAACAACAACAGCAGCACAUCCCACAGCACAGCACCCACCCGCACGCACAUCAUCAUCACCACCAUCACCAUCAUCACCCGAAUGCGCAGCAGCAAAUCAUACUCACCACCCAACUGCAGCAACAACAACAACAACAGCAGCAGCAGCAACUCGCUGGAUAUACACUGCAUCAGGUGACUGGCGGUGGGGGCGUGUCACCGCCCAUUUGCCGCACACCGCCCGCAACGACGCACAACCAACAGCUGCCAGCAGUUACAAGUCUGCUCAAUGGCGGCGAAAAUGUCUCGCCCUACCAUCAACUAGCCAUUGUGUCGGCAUCAACAGCACCGCUUGUCAUUUGCGCCGAGGACGCGACGGCCAUCUCCUCCAGCGGCAGAACAGCAUCUGUAAAUAUUUCACGCAGUGCCCGCAAGGCGGCGAAGUUGUCGGCUCUGCAGCAGCAGCAGCAGCACCAACAACAGCAACAGCAACACUAUCAGCAACAUCAACAGCAGCAGCAACAACAUCAGCAUUUGCUCUAUCCGGCCAACAUAACCGCGCACACGGCAUUGGCAUAUGCUCCGCCGCCUAUAAGUAAUCCCACAUAUGUGAGCAUCGGCGCCACGGAUCAGCAUGCCGAUGGCAGUCCGUUGCUCUCAUUUUCGGAGGUCACCAAUACUCUGCUGAAUCAGUAGAUGCUAGCAAAGGACAACCAUUAUAUAACAGUUUUGCCAAAAUGUGGACUAUCGUA